AUGAAAGAACCCCGGAUUUUCCCUAGAGAGCGGCCAGCUCCUUGGACUCGUGCUCCACUGCCACCUCGAGGACGGCUCGACAGUUCCCUGGGACCGCAGGGGGGUCCUGUUCUAAACACAGGCCACCCACUGGGCAUGAUCUCGGAUUCCCUCCUUAUGACGCCUGGUUCUCUUGGUGGAAAUCUGGCCCCAUUUCCAAGGAAUUCUUCUCCUUUUUCAGCUUCAUCAGGUUCAUUGGCUUCAAAUGCGGCACCUUUCCCUGCUGGUGCUCGUGACCCAGGCAUGGCUUCUUUUCCAAGGGGAAUGAAUCCCACUAGCACAAGUGCAGUUUCUUUCCCAAGGCCAGGUGGCCUCCUUGGCCCAGGUCCGGGCCCAGCUGUAAACCCUAGAGCAGGGGCUCUUCCAGGCCCAGGGCCUCUGUCUAACCCAAGGUUAGGGGGUCUCCCUGGGCCAGGUCCUAUGCCCAACUCAAGGGCAGGUGGUCUCCUGGGAACAGGUCCUAACUCUAGAAGUGGAGGCCCCAUGGGCCCUGGAUCUGCACCCAACCUGAGAACGGGUGUCCUUUUGACUUCUGGAAAUGGUCCUCCCAAUAAUAGGCCCCUUGGCCUGGGCCCUGGACCAAGCCCCAGUCUGAGAUCGGGCUUCAUAGGUUCUAACCCUGCCCCAAGGUCCGGUAUGUUUCCAGGCCCCAGCCUUGGGCCCAACCCAAGAGCAAGUGACCUGGGCCCAGGCCUUGGGCCCAACCCAAGAGCAAGUGACCUGGGCCCAGGCCUUGGGCUCAACCCAAGGGCAGGCGACCUGGGCCCAGGCCUUGGGCCCAACCCAAGGGCAGGCGACCUGGGCCCAGGCCUUGGGCCCAACCCAAGGGCAGGUGGCCUGGGCCCAGGCCCUAAUCUGGAUACCAGAGCAGGUGGCCUCUUGGGCACAGGAUCUGGUCUUAACUUAAGAAUGGCUGGCCCUCAAGGCCUAGAUCUUGCCCCCAUUCUAAGAGCAGCAGGUCUUUUAGGAGCAAAUUCAUCAUCCUUUUCACAGGCUUCUGGAAACAUGGGCACAAGCCCACCUUCCAUGGCAAGAAUACCUGGCCCCAUGGGCCCAAACUCGGGUCCUGGCUCUCGGGGAAUUGGCCUUCCAGGGCCAAAUCCAUCUCCCAUGUCUAGGGCUCCUGGCCCCAUGGGCCCUAAUUCAGCUCAUUUUUCGAGGUCAGCUGGCCCCAUGGGAGUAAAUGCUAAUCCCUUUCCAAGGGGGACGGGUUCCGGGGCACUGAACCCAGCUGCCUUCUCUCAGUCUUCUGGCACAUUGGCUUCAAACCCAGCUACCUUCCAGAGGUCUGCUGGCCUCCAGGGCUCAAAUCCAGCAAUUUUCCCAAGAGCCUCUGGGCCUUUAGUACCCAACCCAGCUAACUUCCCAAGGGCCACCGGCUUACAAGGUCCAAGUCCAACCACGUUCCCAAGGUCCACUGGCCCACUCGGCCCUGGUCAGGUUACUUUCCCCAGGUCAGCUCCUGGGCCUCUGGGUUCUUCUCCAGCAGGCCCUGUGGGUAUCAACCCAGCUCCUUUUGCAAGACCAACAGGGAACCUGGGUCUAAACCCAACUUCCUUUCCAAGGAUGAAUGGCCCUGUAGCCAAGACUUUGGUCCCGUUUCCUAGAGUGGGUAGUCUCCCUGGCACAAACCCAGCUGCUUUCUCCAGACCAGGGGGCCCAAUGGCUACAAUGUACCCAAAUGGAAUGUUACCCCCUUAAAUAGCAUUUUCUCUCCAGGACCACCUUGGUUUCUAGGCAUCGUGGUUCUGGGCCGAGGCUGUGUUUUAGGCGAAAGGGUAGACAUGGAGCUACAGUCUGAAGUACAUAGCUGGGGCUCAAGUUCAAAUGAGCCAUCUUUUUCAAAUUCUGCUUCUUUCUUGAUUGAAGGUGAAAUGUUAUUU